CCAAGAGAGAAAACACACAAGUCCAUAUGUGCUGCUGGAGCACGCCAGUCAGACUGAGGUAGGAGUCCUAUUCACAACUCACAUCGCGAGUGCGUCUUGCUCUUGGUCAAAACUACCAAGUAAAGGCAUCAAAAGCACCACAGUGAAGUGAUUACGUGUGCACUUAGAGAGAAUCCACCAAUUUGCGGAGACCAUCUUUUCUCUGGGGCCAAAGCUGAGCCUCGAGAUAUACUUGGAAGUGAACUUUCAGACAGCGCAAUGAAAGAUGGAAUCUCACGCAGUGGUGGAUACGCAACAACAACCACUAAAGCCAAAUUGCAUCUCGCCGCGGGACACACGAGCGGAGCGGACGUUCUAAGUUCCACGCGGCUCGGGACCUUCUGGAUGAGACUGAAGCACAAGCUCUUCGACACACCCUAUGGCCAGCUGAAGAAUGUCCACUGGAUGAACAAAAGAGCGCCACCGGGGACGGCUUACACCCCAACAGAGGUUGAGCAUAUUGCCAAUGUCAUAACUCAUGGGAUUUGGGUGGGUCCUGCCGUGUAUGCAGGCCUCCAGUUGAUCUGGCGAAGUGGAAGUGACGCCCAGAAAGUGGCUGGUUUCAUCUACGGAACAGCUCUCUUCCUCCUCUUCGCCAUAUCGACGUUCUUUCACACCGUCUUCUACUGCAAUCGUAACAGGCAACUGAAGGAUGUCCUCCAUCGGUGUGACCGUGCAAUGAUCUAUGUUUUCAUCGCUGGAUCCUAUUACCCAUGGCUCACACUCACACCGCCCACGCACCCAACGAUAAUCCUCGCCCUCAAGUGGCUGGUGUGGCUCCUCGCGGGACUAGGCAUCCUCUACCAGCAGGUCUACCAUGAGAAGUACAAAUGCCUGGAGACAUUUCUCUACAUCGUCAUGGGACUCGGACCGUCAAUUGUGAUAAUGAUCUGCGGACACGAAUUCAAUGGCAUGGACGAGCUCAAGAUUGGCGGAUUGCUGUACAUUCUGGGCGUGUGCUUCUUCAAAGCCGACGGCAAAGUGCCAUGUGCUCAUGCCAUUUGGCACUUGUUUGUCGUUCUGGCCGCCAGUGUCCACUAUUUUGCAAUUCUCAAACAUCUGUACUCCUAAACAUCACACAACACAUCGCGUAUCUCUCUUGCGCCACCUCGCAGAGGGGGCAAAACAAAUCUAGAAAAUGAUACAUUGUGAUACCGGAAGAUACCGUCGGAGUGAAUCUUACACGGUACAAAAGAAGAGACAGAAGCAAAUUGUACUCAUGUACAGAAAGAGACGAAGAACAAACGAAUUUCAUUUGCUUCGAUCUUUUUACUCCCUUUUUUUGUCGUAUACGAAAUGCAAGAUUGUUUGAUGUUGUAGAAAUGUAGAAAAAAUUCGCAUAGCAACUUACAAAUUAUAUUUUGAUUGAAAUUUUGUGGAUUGAGUGUGAAUUUUGAAAACGAAAUGUCACCAAAUGAAUGCCCGUCACUAUUUUAAGUUCUCUUUGUUAACACAAUCGCGUAGAUCAAAUUGAACCUAAUUUUUCAUUUGAAUGUGAUAUUAUUUUUUGUAAUUUAAUAUUAGCAAAACUCUUAGAGAAUUUAUUGUAAAUCAAAAAAUGCCCAAAUCCAUUCUGUGGGUUAUUUAGGAGAGACAGUUCAUUACCUAUUGUAGACUAUAUUGUGUAUAAUAGAACCACCUGACAAUUGUAGAAUAAGAGAGACAUUUACACGAAAUAUCCAGUAAUGUUCCACCAUUAAAUUUAGAAAAAAAAAUCCACCCCAGAAAAGCAAUGAAACCACGUAUUUCUCUAAUUUGAUACUCAAAAUUGAAGUCAUCACGAGUCUUCAAUGCGUAUUCAGCCCUCUUUCCCGCCAAAGACAAAUUGAAACCAAUAUCACAAACCUAUAAGAAAG